AAACAAAUAGAAUAAAAAAACCCAAAGAUAUUUUUGUUCUUUUUAAGAUAUUAAAAUUUUCUCUUACAAUGUACAAUGAACAAAGCCAGCAAAGGCGGUCUCCUAUGCCACGACACUACCAUAUUUCUGCCACGUGUCAUUCAACUACGUGGCACAAAAAUAUCCUCCAUUUUUUUUUUCUCUUUCUUAAACCCUCUUUUUCUUUCAAUUUUCUCAAAAACCUUUUGAUAAUUUUUCUUAACUUUAGAGAAGAAACUUUGGUGUGGGAAAAUUGAGAUUUGAAUUGGGUUUGUUUCAAAAUUUGAAAUUUUAGGAUGAAAAUUCAGUGUAACGUGUGUGAAGGUGCAGAAGCUAAGGUUCUUUGUUGUGCUGAUGAAGCAGCUUUGUGUUGGGAAUGUGAUGAGAAAGUUCAUGCUGCUAAUAAGCUUGCUAGUAAACAUCAAAGAGUUCCUCUUUCUACAUCUUCUUCUCAUAUGCCUAAAUGUGAUAUUUGUCAGGAAGCAUUUGGCUAUUUCUUUUGCCUCGAGGACCGUGCUUUACUCUGUCGAAAAUGUGAUUUAGCAAUACACACUGCAAAUGCCUUUGUCUCAGGACAUCAAAGGUUUCUUCUCACCGGUGUAAAAGUCGGCCUUGAGGAUGCCGGUGCUUCUUCAAAUUCCAUGAAGUCAGAUUCUGGUGAGAAAGUUUCCGAUACAAAAUCUUCUUCUGUAUCUAGAAAGGUUUCUACAAUGCCUCAAUCAUCAGAAUACAAUGAAAUGUUUCCUACUGAUCAAGGUGGUAGAGUUAUGGAAUUUCCACCUGCAAAGGUUUCUUAUGGUGGUGGUUCUUCAUCUGGAAACAUGUCACAGUGGACAAUUGAUGAAUUUUUCGGCGUAAACGAUUUCAGUCAGAACUAUAACUACAUGGAUGGAUCAUCAAGGGCUGACAGUGGUAAGCUUGAUGAUUCUGAUUCUCCUGUUUUAAGAUCCAACGAAGAAGAAAUGGAGUACGACGACUACAUGGACCGCGUUCCAGAUUCAUCUUGGACAGUCCCUCAAAUCCCUUCGCCUCCUACAGCUUCUGGACUAUACUGGCCGAAAAACCCUCGGUAUGCAUCCGAUAAUGCUCUAUUUGUUCCUGACAUAGGCAUUUCUACCAUGCAACAUCCUCAGAAUAGUAGUAAUUUUUCAAGACCGUGGAAUCAUCACUAAUUCGGUUCCUCUGAUCCCUUCCUUGUAACUUAUAGACAAUGAUCUUUCAUUUGUUAUGAAGUGUUGUCAUCUUAGAGAGAAAUUUAAGUUGAUUAGUUUAAUAUUUCUAUUCAUGGUUGUUUUAGUUUCUUCUUUGGAGUAAAUUUCUAACUCCACUUAAUUGGAGUGAUGAAAGCUUUUCAUUUAAGUUUGUUGUUGUAGAAUUCUUAUUUCAUUUCUAGAAUCCAAUUUAGAUACAACUAUUUGGAUAUCUUGUUCAAUUUUAAUUGGUUUUUUUUUAGAGUUUUGCUCCUUCACUAGUAUGCAUCUCAAGCUUGUAAAAAGUUAGGUUAUCAUGAACCUAUAUUGUUGGAGUACUAGCACAAUAAAACCUGUUUUAUCUUGUUUA